GGUAGUUAAACUCGGCUCCAGGGCCUGGUCUCUGUUUGGCUUAAUGACGCUGCAUUGUGCAAUCCUACCCACAACUCCUAUCAAGCACCAAUCCAACAUGGAGUAUAUGGAAGCGAUUUCGUCUUCACAAGCACAACAAAGUCUGUGUUGUCAGUGUGGUGUAUUGACCACUCCGAACCCAUCCAACAUGUGCGUCGGUUGUCUCCGUUCUCAAGUUGAUAUCACCGAGGGAAUUCCCAAACAAAGUAAUUUAUACUUUUGCAAAUCGUGUGAAAGGUAUCUUCAGCCACCAAGCUUAUGGUUAGCAUGCGCAUUAGAAUCCAGAGAGCUUUUGUCACUUUGUUUAAAGAAGCUAAAAGGAUUGAACAAGGUUCGCUUGGUUGAUGCUGGGUUUGUGUGGACAGAGCCUCAUUCAAAAAGAAUCAAAGUAAAAUUGACUAUUCAGAAAGAGGUGGUAAAUUCCACAAUAUUACAGCAGGUGUUUGUGGUAGAAUUUGUUGUUCAGAAUCAGAUGUGCGAUGCUUGCCAUCGUCAAGCUGCUCAGGAUUACUGGAAGGCAGUUGUACAAGUCAGACAAAAGACAUCCCACAAGAAGACAUUCUUUUACCUGGAACAGCUGAUUUUAAAACACAAUGCACAUCAGAAAACUGUCAAAGUUAAGCAAGAAUCAGAUGGCGUGGACUUUUUCUAUGCAUCCAGAGCUGAUGCACGUAAGUUUGUGGAGUUUCUGCAGUCUGUUGUGCCUUGCAGGUAUAAGUCAUCUGAGAAGCUGAUCUCUCAUGAUGUGCACAACAACACUUACAACUACAAGUACACUUUCUCUGUGGAAAUUGUUCCUGUCUGCAGGGAAGAGGUUAUUUGUCUUCCUUUAAAAGUUUCAAGGUCCCUGGGAAACAUCAGUCAAAUUGUCAUGUGUACCCGUGUGAACACCAACCUACAGUUAAUGGAUCCAGCAACAUUACGAAUUGCAGACAUCACAGCAUCAAACUACUGGCGCUUGCCAUUUAAAAGCCUUGGCACAUACAAGCAACUUACAGAGUUUAUGGUGUUACAAAUUGAACCUGUUGAGUCACAGAAACCCUCUGCAUCGAUCAGUAAUCUGAGUCAAAAGCAUGUUUUGGCGGACGCGUGGGUUGCACGCAUGCAGGAUCUGGGAGUGAAUGACUGUCAGUACCACUGUCGCACACAUUUGGGUCACCUGCUGAAGACUGGUGACACAGCACUGGGAUUCGAUUUCACCAGUUCAAAUGUCAAUGAUGAGAACCUGAGCAGGAUGAACGCUGAACGAGUCCCAGAUGUGAUUUUGGUGAAGAAAUCCUAUGGUGAUAAAAAGAAACGACAUCGAAGAAGAAACUGGAAGUUGAAAGGUCUCGACAAAGACGUGACUGGAAUUGAUCAAGACAGCCUUGACGGGGAUUAUGAUGCGUUCCUGGGUGAUCUGGAAGAGGACAAGACUUACAGACAGCAUGUGAACAUCUAUGUCGAUCGUGAUCACAAGGGUGCAUCUGAAGACGACGAUGACGAGGCCCCACGUAUAAACCUCCAGGAGAUGUUAGAGGAUCUACACCUCGAAGAGCCAGAUUCAUCGUCCAGCGUGACCGAGACGGCAGCCAUGAUAACCGAAUAAGGCGGCUUGUCUAAUAAUCCAAUAAAAUAUUAAUUCAAAACACCGCAUUUUUAUUGACCUAGGUACUGUUAAUUCAAUUGGCGAUGAACCAUGUUUUAAGUCACGGUAACAUUUAAUGUAAUUUCUAGUGAGACGAAUUAAACUGGGGCUGGAUACAUUGAA